AUGAGCUCGGAAGCGUCGAAACUCGUCAACAAGCUACAUAUCACCGAGAUCAAGACUCGGGAGGAAAUGACGAAAAAGUCGGAGACACCGCAUCCGGAAUGGCGGGUUUAUAGGUGAGUUAGAGGUACGCCGACGCACAAAUCUUGAAUUUUGACAUCAUUUCCAACAUUUUUGUAGUUGAACACUUUUUUCUAGGCCCACGCACAAGCCUACUGUAGCGCUUUGAAGUUGGGACUGAAAAAUGAGCAGGUUUUUCUAUCCCAACUUUCCAGCGCUACAGUACUCUUCGGAGUGGUUGUACAAAAAAAUGAUCAAUUACAAAAAUAUUGUACUAGACAUAAACUUUAGUUUUGUAGUUGAUCAUAUAUCUCUAGGCCUACGCAUAAGUGUACUGUAGCGCUUGAAAGUUAGGACAAAUUUUGUAUGCUUUUGAAGUAUUGUAACUUUGAAAGACUAAACUACUUUUCGUAGUCGUCGGAUCGGAAAGUGAUCAACUACAAAACUAUAGUACUAAAUGUCAAGAUUAUGCUCAAAAGUUUUCAGAAGCACAGUCCACCGCCAAAGCCUACAAUAUUCAUUUUCAUCUUUCAGGCUCACGCUCUUCAUGGAGCACGCGGCGUUCUGCCAAAAAGAGCGUUGUGUCAAGUAUUUCUGUCCGAGCAUCAAGUCGAUUUUGGAGCACAUUGACGAGUGUUUCGACCUGAAAUGCGAUGCGUGUCUCCGGUUUAACGUGCUCAUUUUCGAGCACGUCCGCAACUGCGAAGACAGCCGAACGUGCCGAAUUCCCGGUUGUUUAUCGAUUGCUCGGGCCAUUGGGACCAAUAAAGAGACUGCCGGUACGUGGCGGACCGACUCGAACAGAUCAAAUGUACUCGUUUUCAGAGGAACAGGGGCCUUCUGCUCUGAACAGCAAGAAUCAGAAGCGUCGGAAUCGGCGCAAAGCGAAAAAGGCGGAAAAACAAGUGAUGGAUCAACUUUGA